UCGAUGUGGGGCUGUCGGCGGGGGUGGCGCCCCCCCCACGCUUAUUAAGAAACUCGGAACAGCCAUUUUGGCUCAAGUUUUCUGCCGGAGGCCUCGCCUCUGCGCCGCCAAGAGAGCCUCGCUGGCUGGAAAUCAAGUCGCCCAAUGGCCCUGAGCAGGGUGGCCUUCGCCUUGCUUGCGGCUGCGCCGCGCUCCGCCGCAGUGACGUGCGGCACGGUGAAGGAGUGGUACAGGGACAACGGCUGCUGCGGUGUGCCGGAGAAGGACGUCGCGGCCGGUCCGAGCGGCUACAGGUUCACGAAGCCCCCGUGCAUGUUCGCGGAGCCGCAGUCGCCCCGCGACCUGACGGACGGCGCGCAGGGGGAGAUGCGCCCGAAGCAGGUGACCUUGAAUGCGGCCCAGGCGGAAGCCUUGCCCUUGGUGAAUGUGCAUUUCCACCUGGGCGCCGAGCACCGGGCGGAGGCCUACCAGGACCAGACAGAUUCUGACGCCUACGAUAGCGGGCGCCGGUCGGGUUCGGCAGUGCGGCCAGGCUACAUGUGCGAGGCCGUGUCCAUGGCCAGUCCAGUGGAUUACACGUUCCAGCACUGCCAGGGCGAGAUGGAGGUCGGCAAGACCUACGAGGUGCAUUACGUGCACUCUUCGGCCGGGUACUCCGCAGAAGACCUCGCAGAAGCAGACGUCGACGGCAUCGAUGACGGGCUCGGAGGUGCCGCAAAUGGCAGGGGCAUCCUCAACCCGAUGAUCGUGGUCCAGGGUCAGGUGUUCCAGAUCGUUCCUGCAGAGGAUGGUGGCGUCAAUGAGAGCGACUUGCUGCACUCAUGGACUGUCACCAACCACUCGAGCGCGGUGAUGUAUCCCGGCUCCACCACUGGGACGUCGCACAACAAUGAGGUUUGCUCCCCUUACCACAUCACCUGGCACGUGGACAAACGGUGCCACAAGGUCACUCCGGAGUCUUUCGACAACCUGUGCAGACAGAUGAGGGACCUCUACGACAUGGAGUACGACCUCUACCCGCACGGCGCGCGCGUGAUCGUCGACGGGCGGUUCGUGGUGCGCUCCGAGUACGUCCUCCAGUAUGCGUAGGAGGCCCGCCGCUGCUGGCGCCGCAUGCGGGACGCCAGACAGCCGGCGCGCGGCCCGGGUCGCGACGGCGGCGGGAAGUGCCUCGGGCGAUCCUCGGGGUCCCGUGUGCGUGCAUUUUCAACCAUCAUUCUCGGGCCGGACGAAAGGGGGGGAUUGGGAAAGGGGGGGAAGAGGGCCCAUAGCUCAGGCGUGGUCUUCUCCCCCGGCCGAAGAAGGCCAGGUGGCGAGGCUCCCCCGGAGAUUUGUUCACAAGGCACUCGUUUAGCAGUCUGUGUUGCCCACCUGGAGUACGGGAAUUCCGAACAGCCUGUGCCACGCAGCGCUUCUUAAUUAUUUGGCACAUGUUGGUCAAGUGGCUGUGCGCAGGAUCACAGCUGCUAUAGUCUGGAGGACUGGGUGUGUGCUUGUGUGUCGUCCAAGCCCCUACAUCAUGCAAUUUCUCCCGCGAGGGUGCACCCUCAGCUCCGUGUUUUCGUCCUUCAUGGAUCGCAUCGCGCCCACAGCUAAUCAUGCCGUCACACGACAUCAAGUGUUUUUCUGAGGCGACCGCGGCAAAUUUUAACGCUCGUUUUCGAUUACGAUGUGACACGCUGAGAGGCUUUGUGUCCAGGAAGCGUAGCACAACCAUUCGCACAGGUGUGCUGAAUUUGAUUAGGACCACGCGUUCUCGCAGCCAGGUGCCGUGACCCUCUCAAAAGACGGCAGCGCCUGGGUCUCGGGAGCACCCGCCGCUUGGCCGCCCCCCCCGCCGCCGCCCCCCGCCGAG